UUAACUCUGUGAACAAUUUUCUAGCACCAUCUCUCAGGAUCUGAAGUGGGAGCAGAACAUCAGCUCCAUCCUGAAGAAGGCCCAGCAGCGGAUGUACUUCCUGCGGCUCUUGAGGAAAUAUGGUCUGCCUCAGGAAUUGCUGCUGCAGUUCUACACUGCAGUCACUGAGUCUGUCCUGUGCACCUCCAUCAGUGUGUGGUUUGGGGCCGCCACCAAGCAGGAUAGAACCAGACUACAGCGCACAGUGAGGACUGCCGAGCGCAUCAUUGGAGCCUCCCUGCCCUCUAUUGUGGACCUGUACUCUUCCAGGUUGAAGAAGAGGGCGGGGAACAUCAUAAAGGACUCCUUCCAUCCUGCGCACGGACUGUUUGAACUGCUUCCGUCUGGUAGGCGCUUCAGAUCCCUCCAGACUAAGACUAAUAGGCACUGGAGAAGUUUUUUCCCUACUGCGGUCACUUUGCUGAACAGUUAACUGCCGGUUAACUGUCGGCUAACUAUUACUUGGAUUGCACUACUUGUAUGUAUAAUCUAUAUUUUCAUUUAUAUUUAUCAUUAUUAUUGUUAUGAGAGAGAGACAACAUCUGCCGGAAGUAAAUUCCUUGUAUGUGUACAGGUAUUUGGCGAUUAAAGUCUGAUUCUGAUUCUGAUUUUAGCCACCGUGGAAAAGCUCAGAUAAUUUCCAUGGCAUCAUCCAUACCCAGAGACCUUUGCGCCCCAGAAACCGCUCUAAAGGGGCAAGCACUCCAGUGCGCUGGCGCCGAAAACCGGAAGUCGGGUCGGAAAUUCUCGCAUGCGGCCAGUGAGGAGCAGACGCCGGAGAGUCGGCAGCAGAUCUUGCUGCCAACGUGCUGUAGAAACAGGAGUACAGAGUGGCACAGCUGGCGGAACCACGGCAUACCUGUAAUGGGAUGAGCCCGUGACCUACUGGGUGGUCAGUAAUGGAGGAUUCACUGACGGGAAGCUCAAACCAAACAACAGAUCACAGCCUGCAAGAGUCACUCAAUCCGCCGGGUUCUGAACAUCCGCAGACUUUGUACGUGGAAGCAGAAAGUUCCACUGACAGUGGAGAGAAAUGGCCAACGUGUUCUGAGUGUGAGCAGGACUUCAGUCAAGCAUCCACACUGACAAGAGACCAGAUCAGUCACUCUGGGGAGAAACCGUGGAAGUGUGAGGACUGUGGGAAGAGAUUCAUUUCUCCUUCCCACCUGGAAACUCACCACCGAAGCCACACUGGGGAGAGGCCCUUCACCUGCUCUGAAUGCGGGAAGGGAUUCACUCAGUGUUCGGACCUGCAAAAACACCAGCGAAUUCACACUGGAGAGAAGUCAUUUAUCUGCUCUGAGUGUGGGAAGGGAUUCAUUCGCUCAGAUAGUCUGGUGAUACACCAGCGAGUUCACACUGGGGAGAAGCCAUUCACGUGCUCUGUGUGUGGGAAAGGAUUCACCCAGUCAUCCAACCUAAAAACUCACCGCCGAAGUCACACCGGGGAGAAGCCCUUCACGUGCUCUGUGUGUGGGAAAGGAUUCACACAGUCAUCCAACCUAAAAACGCACCAGCGUGAUCACACUGGGGAGAGGCUGUUCACCUGCUCCGAGUGUGGGAAGGCAUUCAUUCGGUCGGGAAGCUUGGUGAUACACCAGCGAGUUCACACUGGAGAGAAACCAUUUACCUGCCUUGAGUGCGGGAAGUGUUUCACACGGUCUGACAAAUUGAUGGCGCACCAGCGCGUUCACACUGGGAAAUGGCCAUUCACCUGCUCUGAGUGUGGGAAGGGUUUCAGUCGGUCAGACAUCCUGGUGAUACACCAGCGAGUUCACACUGGAGAGAGGCCGUUCACCUGCUCUGUGUGUGGGAAAGGAUUCACCCAGUCAUCCAACCUAAAAACGCACCAGCGAGUUCACACUGGGGAGAGGCCGUUCACCUGCUCAGAGUGCGGGAAGGGAUUCUCCCAGUCUUCCCACCUGAAGAAUCAUCAGCGAGUUCACACUACGUCAGUUCUGCUGGACUGGAUUCCGGGACACGAGCAAGCCACAGGAUCGCCCCAGGGAAGUGGCGACCCCCAGCACACGGACCCGGGUCACCGCGUUGCGCAGGCGCGGCUCGCUCGGCCGGCUUCCGACGGGGGACGCAUGUCCGGGGCCGGCGUUCUCGGCAGCGAUACGAGUGCGCAGGCGCGUGAGGUCAGCCCGCCGUCUGAGUCCGGAGGGGCGGGUCGCAUCACUGGCAAGGGCUUUGUUACGUACUUGGAUGACGGUGAGGAGGAAGUUGAGAAUAAAACUACAGCUAUGAGGACUCCUGCAGCACCCAGUGGCCCUGUCAUCUCUGCCUCAGAAGCUGACGUCAGGCUGCCUUUCAAGAGGGUGAACCCUCGCAAGGCGACGUCGAUGCAGUACCCGGAGACCGUCAGCUCAAUGAUAAAGACGCGCCAACAGGAGCUGGACCAAAGGACCAGGUUGAUCGUUGCAAUUUCAGAUGGGAAGAAAACUCGUGCUGGCAUUGGACUUUGUAUCGAGCUCGGUGAGGCGCCGCUUAGUGAGAAGAAGGACCAGGUAGCGGGGCCAGUGUUGACGGUGGCGGCUGAGAAGCGAACGACACUGGGCGUUUGGCUAAACAACGAGAUUGUGAAUGGACGGAGGACGGCAGGAGGAGGUGACGGUUCGGGAAACAUUCUUCUCCUCCAAGUCCGCUCUCAAAGACCCACAAUGUCAUCUGAUCUGAUGAGACACCAGCCAGUUUUUUCCAGAAAGAAAUCAUUAACGUGUUCUGUGUGUGGGAAAGGAUACAAUGCUCCAACCAGCCUCAUGGUACAGCAACACGUUCAUUCAGGAGAGAGGCCGUUCACCUGCUCUGACUGCGGGAAGGAAUUCACUCAGUCAUCAGACUUGAUGAAAGACCAGCAAGUUCCUACUGGGGAGAAACCUUUUAUCUGCUCUGAGUGUGGGAUGCGAUUCACUUGGUUGUCCAGCCUGGUGACUCACCAGCGAGUUCACACCGGGGAGAGGCCAUUUACUUGUUCCGAAUGUGGGAAGGGAUUCACUCAGUCAUCCAGCUUUUGCACUCAUCAGCAGGUUCACACUGGGGAGAGGCCGUUCACCUGUUCCGUGUGCGGGAAAAGGUUCAAUCACCCAUCUAACUUGCAGAGGCACCAGCGACUUCACACCGGGGAAAGGCCGUUCAGCUGCUCUGAGUGUGGGAAGGGAUUCACUCAAUCAUCACAUCUGCAGGAACACCGGCGGGUUCACACUGGAGAGAAGCCCUUCAUCUGCUCUGAGUGUGGGAAGGGAUUCACUCGGUCAUCUCACCUUCAGGAUCACCAGCGGGUUCACACCGGGGAAAAGCCAUUCAUCUGCUCUGAGUGUGGGAAGGGAUUCACUCAGUCGUACAGCCUGAUGAUACACCAACGAAUCCACACUGGUGAGAGGCCAUUUGCCUGCUCUGAGUGUGGGCAGGCAUUCAGCAGAUCAGACAGCCUGUUGAUACACCUGCAAGUUCAUUCCGGGGAGAGGCCAUUCAUCUGCUCCCAGUGCGGGAAAGGAUUUAUUCAGUUAUCGGACCUGAAGACACACCAACGGGUUCACACGGGGGAGAGGCCAUUCAUCUGCCCUGAGUGUGGAAAGGCAUUCACUCAAUCAUCCAGCCUAAGGACACACCAGCGGGUUCACACCGGGGAGAGGCCGUUCACAUGUUUCAGGUGCGGGAAGCGGUUCACCCAGUCGGCCGGCCUGUGGAAGCACCAGCGAGUCCACAAGUGACGGCAGGAGCUGGGUUCCCCAGCUGUUGCUCCUGAUAAUCAUGUGGUGGGUUGGACUACACUCACUAUCCCAGACUGUGUUCACUACCAAGCUAGAGUUUAAUGUGAUGACAGUGGUCGUUGUGGGAGGAGGGGUGAUAGUCGAAAGGCUGGGAUAGGAGAAUGGAACCAGCAGCACAGUGGUAAAUAAUUCCUGUGUUUACAAGUCUAACUCUUUCUUAGUGGGAUUUAAUGUUCUGUGAGUUUUAAAUUUGAAAGAGAAGAUUAACUGAGGGAUUAAGGGGUGUUGGGAUUUUGGAAUUGGGUCAAAGAUCAGAAUUGAUGACAGAAUGAAGGAGGCAGUGUGGGGUGGGGAGAGGAGGUCAAUCACUGUAUCGUUACUGCACUGGCGCAGGUCCUUCAAAGCCCGCUCUGCAUCAACAAUCCAGUCAGUCUUGUUCCCAACUCUUCCUUCGUCAUCCUGCAGUUCUCCCAUCUCGGAAUCUGCUGUAAGCUUUUGAAAAUUCCACCUCCCUUUGGGGCAGUGAGUUCCAGACUGAGACCACUCACUGCGUGAAAUUGUUUCUCCCUGCACCGUCCCUGCCCAACCGUUUUACAGCAAACCCCCUGCUUCUCCUCCUUUCUACUAAUGGCAACAGCUUCACUUUCUCCAUUGUCUGGACACCUGGUGAGUAGUUUAUAGAAAAGUACAGCAUAGUACAGGCCCUUCAGCCCACAUGGCUGUGCUGACCUUUUCACCUAUCCCACCAUCCAUCUAAUCCUUCCCUCUGGCACAGCCCUCCAUUUUUCUUUCAUCCAUGUGCCUAUCAGAUGUAUCAGUAUUGCAGCGGAGUAAAGGGAAUUACAGAGGCACGAGAGAGGAGUUGGCCAGAAUGGAUUGGAAAAGAACACUGGCAGGGAUGACGGCAGAGCAACAAUGGCUGGAAUUUCUGGAAGCAAUUCAGAAGGUACAGGAUAUAUACGUCCCAAAGAGGAAGAAAUAUUUUAAAAGCAAGAAGAGGCAUUCAAAAGGCAAAGGGAAGUCAAAACCAACAUGAAAGCCAAAAAGAGGGUAUACAAUAGAACAGAAAUUAGUGUGAAGUUUGGGGGCUGGGAAGCUUUUAAAUACCAACAGAAGGCAACUAAAAUGUCAUUAAAAGGUAAGGAUGGAAUACGAAAGCCAAUAAUAUUUAAAAAGAUACCAAAACUUUUUUCAAAUAUAUAUAGAGUAAAAUAGAGGUGAAUGGAUAUCGGACUGCUGGAAAAUGAUGCUGAAGAGGUAGUAAUGGGAGACAAGGAAAUGGCAGGUGAACUGAUUAAGGAUGUGGUUUUGGAGUACUUAGAGACACAUGAUAAAAUAGACCGUAGUCAGCAUGGUUUCCUCAAGGGAAAAUCUUGCCUGACAAAUCGGUUGGAAUUCUUUGAAGAAAUAACAAUCAGGGUAGACAAAGGAGAAAUGGUUGAUGUUGUGUACUUGGAUUUUCAGAAGGCCUUUGACAAGGUGUCACACAUGAGGCUGCUUAACGAACUAUGAGCCCGUGGUAUUACAGGGAACUUGCUAGCACGGAUAAAGCAGUGGCUGAUUGGCAGGAGGCAAAGAGUGGGAAUGAAGGGAGCCUUCUCUAGUUUGGCCAGUGACUAGUGGUGUUCCACAGGGGUCUGUGUUGGGACUGAUUCUUUUUUACAUUAAAUGUCAGGGAUUUGGAUGAUGGAAUUGAUGGCUUGGUUGCAAAGUUUGCAGACGAAGUGAAGCUAGCUGGAGGGGCAGGUAGUUUUGAGCAAAUAGGGAGGAGGAGAAUGGGCAAAGAAGUGGUAGAAGGAUACAGCGUUGAGAAGUGUACGGUCAUGCACUUUGGUAGAAGAAAUUAAAGGUUUGUCUAUGUUCUAAGCAGAGAGGAAAUGCAAAAAUCUGAGACGCAGAGGGACUUGGGAGUCCUUGUGCAGGAUUCCCUAAAGGUUAAUUUGCAGGUUGAGUCGGUGGUGAGGAAGACAAAUGCAAUGUUAGCGUUCACUUCGAGAGGACUGGGAUAUAAAAUCAAGGAUGUAAUGUUGAUACUUUAUAAAGUAUUGUGAGCAGUUUUGGGCCCUUCAUCUUACAAAGGAUGUACUUAAACUGGAGAGGGUUCAAAGGAGGUUCAUGAAAAUUAUUCUAGGAUUAAACGGCUUGUCAUGUGAAGAGUUUUUGAUGGUGGGCCUGUAUUCACUGGAAUUUAGAAGAAUUGAAACCUACCGAUUGGUGAAAGGCCUUGAUAGAGUGGAUGUGGAGAGAAUGUUUCCUAUGGUGGGAGAGUCUAAGGCCAGAGGACACAGCCUCAGAAUUGUGGGGGGGGGGGGCUUCCUUUUAGAAUGGAGAUGAGGAGUCAUUUCUGUAGCCAGUGAGUGGUAGAUCUGUGGAACUCGUUGCCUUAGACAGCUAUGGAGGCCCUUUAUGUCUAUUUAAAGCACAGGUUGAUCGAUUCUUGAUUUGUCAGGGCAUGAAGGGAUACAAGGAGAAUGCAGGAGACUGCGGCUGAGAGGAAAAUUGGAUCAGCCGUAAUGAAAUGGCAGAGCGGACUCGAUGAGCUAAAUGAUCUAAUAUAGCUCCUAAAUUUUACUGUCUAUCUGAGAGUCUCUUAAAUGGGGUGUCUCGUGGAUAUUAAUAGUCCUUGAUGGAGUAUUGUGUACAGUUCUGGUCACUGGAUUAUAGGGAAGAUCUCAACAAAAUAGAGAGAGUACAGAGACGAUUUACUAGGAUGUUACUGGGUUUCAGCACCUAAGUUACAGAGAAAGGUUGAACAAGUUAGGUCUUUAUUCUUUGGAGCAUAGAAGGUUGAGGGCAGACGAUAGAGGUAUUUAAAAUAAUGAGGGGGAUAGAUUGAGUUGACAUGGAUAGGCUUUUUCCAUUGAGAGUAGGGGAGAUUCAAACAAGAGGACAUGAGUUGAGAGUCAGGGGGCAAAAGUUUAGGGGUAACGCAAGGGGGAACUUUUUUACUCAGAGAGUGGUAGCUGUGUGGAAUGAGCUUUCAGUAGAAGUGGUAGAGGCAGGUUUGAUACUGUCAUUUUAAAAAAUUGGAUUGGUGUAUGGACAGGAAAGGAAUGGAGGGUUAUGGGCUGAGUGCAGGUAGGUGGGACUAGGUGAGAGUAAGCGUUCGGUACGGACUAGAAGGGCCGUGAUGGCCUGUUUCUGUGCUGUAAUUGUUAUAUAGUUAUAUAUAUAUAUAGUGGAAGUGGAGAGGAUGCUUCCAAUACUGGGACAGUCUAGAACCAGAAGGCACUGCCUCAGAUUAGAAGGAAAUUCCUUUUGAAUUGGGAUGACGAGGAAUUUCUUUACCUGGGGGGGGUGGGUGGUGAAUCUGUGGAAUUCAUUGCUAUAGGUGGGUGUGGAGGACUAAUCAUUUAAAGGAGGUCUAUAGGCUAUUUGGACACUUUUUUUUCAGGUGAUCUUUCCUGUCCACCUGAGGGAAUACAGGGCCUUCAUUUUAAUAUCUCGACAAGGUUCCCUCUGAAAGUUCACUAUUCUCCCAGAAGCUGGAUUCUUGUGUAUGAGUUUCAGGGACAGGAGAGGAAAUCCGAACCUUGGGCUCCACGGGUCAGAGUGCAGCCGCGAAGACCCAGCUGACCAGAGGAAUUAGAAAUCUCUACUCCAACUUUCUCUCCCACCCUUAUUGAUGGCUUUUGGACCCUCCUCCAUAGAUGCUGCCUGACCUGCUUUGUCCCUGUGUUGCUCUGGACUUUCGAUACUCAUCCCUGUACUGCUCUUCAAUGGAAAAACUGCCUGCCUGAGCCAAGUGUCAAACUUUGAUUCGUCAGCCCAGAGUACCGGUGCCAUUGUUCAAUAGCGCGGUCCUUGUGUUUUUGUGCAUCGGCGAGUCUCAGGGCUUUGUUUACACUUUGCAAGAACUGCUUUUUGGAAGCAACUCCUCCACGAAGAUCCCUUUGGACAAGACUUCUCCGGACUUUGAAAGGGUGUACUUGGGCUCCAGUGGUUUCGGUGAGUUCAAAGCUGAUAGGAGUGCUGGACUUCUCCCAGAAGGGAUGUCAGUUUGGUGUAUCUCUCAUCUGCUGCACUCAGUUUCCACGGCCAGCCAGUGCAUUUCUGGUUCGUAACCUUGCCCGCUACUUCGUGCUUCUUUGGACCGCACAUCUUGGAAGCUCCUGCCUGGCAUUAAAUAUCUGCUUGGGAGAUCCUUGCUGAUGCAGAACGACCACCUUGUGUCUUGUUGCUUUGCUCGCUCUUGCCAAGGUGUAAGAAUUGAUGAUUUGAAGGUUCGACUGUCACAUCUGGCACACCCUCAGCUUUUACUUCGGCCAGUUUGAUUCCUUCUACACCUGUUUCUGUUUCAGUUAAUCAGUUUACUUCAUUUAUCUCAUGAUGUCACUGACCUGUUUGUUUAAUCAUGCACUGGUCCAGAAACCUACAAAGUAUUCACUUUUAUUUCAGAAAUGAUCUAUUACCUAAUAUGUUACCUUUUUUAACAAAAUACAAAAAAAACUCUAUAAAUUUCUUUUUGGAAAAUAAAUGUUCGGAAAUUUGAAAUUUGUUAUUUUCUACUGACACAGUGUUGAAGAAAACAAAAAAUAAAUAUGCAAAACAAAAUUUAUAUAAGAAAUUGAGGGUGCCUGAGACUUUUGCACAGUACUGCAGUAAUUUUAUGUAUUGCAUUUAAAGAGCAAACACGAGGAAAUCUGCAGAUGCUGGAAAUUCAAACAACAUACACAAAAUGCUGGUGGAACACAG